AAUCCAGAGGGUGAAUUAGGAACUUGCUUGCUUGUCGCUAUGAUACAUAGAGAUCUCUACUAUGUAUAGACAGAUGAUGUGUUUCGUAGAAUAGAUAAUAUGGAUCCUAUACCCCUCCUCUGCUCGCCUCUGCUCGCCUCUCCUGCUCGCCUCGACUCGAACUCUGCACGACUCUCCAUGACUCUCCUCUUGACCAUCUACACUGUCUACACACCCAUUCUUUCUACCCACUCACUACCCAUUUGGUACCCACUACUUACAUACUCGAGAUAUAAAACAGACAGACAGACAGACAGCGCGGGCGCGGGGGGAGGAUUUGAAUCUUCAAUCUUCAAUCAUCAAACAAGAAAACAGAAACACGAAACACGAGGUACGAAGUACCAGAGUAAAAUGCACACCAAAACGCCCAAAAAAAAAACUGCACUCUUCUUGUUCUUAUUCUUCUUGUUCUUCUUUCUAGUAUUAAGGGUGUGAUAGGAGUAGAAUGGGAUGUGAUUGGAUGGGAUGGGGAUGGAGGGGAUGGG